AGUGGAGAAGGUCCCUAGAGAGGCUCUCUCCCUAGCAGCCCCAUCCCAGACGGACACCACGUGACUCCUAGAGGCUGGCCAACGCCCGGCAGGAGCAGCCCACAGCUCUGGUGACUGGAGCCCACAGCCUGGCCAGCUCAGCUCCGCAGCCAGGGGCUGAGGCAAGCAGGACCCAGUGGGCUGCCAGAGACAGAAAGAGUUCAGCGAGCGCUCAGUCUCCCAGCCACCCAUCGACUUCGCAUUUGGCUGAUGAUGGAGCUGAAUGAAGCCCCACAGGACAUGGACUUCUCCAACAGCGUCCAGGAGGACGUGGCCUUCAACCUAGCCAUCCUGUCCCUCACUGAGCUCCUCAGCCUGGGUGGACUGCUGGGCAAUGGAGUGGUGCUUUGGCUGCUGAGCCGUAAUGCCUACCAGAACCCCUUCUCCAUCUACCUCCUGGAUGUGGCCUGUGCGGACCUCAUCUUCCUCAGCUGCCACAUGGUGGCUGUUGUCUCCGACUUGCUGCCUGGCCAUCUGGGCCUCCCAAGCUUCAUCCAGACCAGCCUGACCACACUCAGGUUCCUCUGCUACAUCGUAAGCCUGAGCCUGCUGGCGGCCAUCAGUGUGGAACAGUGUCUGAGCACGUUCUUCCCAGACUGGUACCUAUGCCGCCGCCCACGCCACCUGACCACCUGUGUGUGCGCCCUCAUCUGGGCCCUCUGCCUGCUUCUGGACCUGCUGCUUACCGGUGCCUGCACCUUGUUCCUUGGGGAGUCCAGCAGCCGCCUGUGCUGGACACUGUGGGUGGUGCUGGCAGCCCUGCUGGCUGCACUGUGCUGUGCCAUGUGCGUGUCCAGUCUGCUCCUCCUGCUGCGAAUGGAGCACGGUCCUCAGCGGCACCAAUCCCGGGGUUUCCCUGCCCUGGUCCUCCUGGCCGUCCUUCUCUUCCUCUUCUGCGGCCUGCCCUUUGGCAUCUACUGGCUGUCCCGAAACCUCCGCUGGCACAUCCCCCACUAUUUCUACCACCUCAGCUUUCUCACAGCUGGCAUACACAGCGCAGCCAAGCCCGUCAUCUACUUCUGUUUGGGAAGUGCUCGUGGCUGGGGGCUGCGUGAGCCCCUCCGGCUGGUGCUGCAGCGGGCACUGGGGGAUGAAACUGAGCUGGGGGCCAGGAGAGAAGCCUCCCACAGGGGCCUCAUGGAGGUGACUGCCUAGGUCCUUCAAGUGCUGACCACAGCUCCAGCCUGGGGGUUCUGGAGAAGGUACCAGAGUGGGAUCAGAAGACUUAGAAGGAGGACUUUGAUGAUGACUUUGGCCCACUCCUGUGCCUUUCCUCUCCUGUAUACCAGGUCCACAGGAAGUUUCUGGAAAGGCCAGACUGGAGGCCAGGUCUCUGGAGAGCCUAGGAAUGUGCUUUAGAGGAAACUUCUGGGUGCCUUCUCAUGCUUCAAAACUUGUAAGAGCUUUGUUACACUCACAUUCCUCUGGUACAGAGAGGAGACAGGGAAGGGUAAGGCAGGCAGGUUGUCAGCCAGGCAGUAGGCUCAGACCAACGAGCUCAUCCUCCCUCUCUCUUCCUGCUAGCUGCAGGAACCUGCACUGCGUGGUCCACCUCAGUUCCCCUUGCCUCUCCCUCUCCUGCAGGCUACCAAGGUCCCAAACUGGGAGGCUGACUUAGGAAGCCCCUGAUGGCUAAGCCACAGACAAGAACAUCUGCCCAACCCCUAAACCACAGCCUGUGAGCUGAGUCUAUCUGACUCCUGUUAGGGGCCAAGAGCAAAGCAGGCUCCUGGUCUAGAGUGCGAGGAGCAAGCAGGCCAAGUGAACCCCAAUACAAGGCAAGGCAGGUUAACUCAUCACUGCAGAAUGCUACAGGGGCACAGUAGUCAUAAUACCUGGUGACAGGCCGUGCCCCCCUGGGUUCCUGUGAAGGGCUCUGAGUGUGGACCCUCAGUAUACCAUCUGUUCCAGUGCUGCCCAAAGCAUAAUGCCUCACACUAGCCAUAGUGGCCAGCAGCAUCCUUAUGGCCAUGUUACCAGUUUAAGUAGAAAAAUGGUGACAUCUCAGGACACAAUGAGCUCUCAGAACAAGGCUUGGCAAGGAUGGGGCACUUUAAGGUUCUGCCAACCUGGCUGCAGAGAUUCCUUCUCAUUUCCUUGCCAGGGAGGCAUGGAGAGGCCCAGAGAUAGGCUUUUAGAAGCUCAUGGGGUUGCUGUUUAAGGCCAUGACAUGGGGACAUUGGGUACGUUGCCAAAGGCUUCAGAAAAGCUGGCAGCCAUUGAGGCUCCCUAGAUCCCAAGGUGAAGCAUGCUGAGUGGGCAGAGGGGCCACUGAGAACAGGAGGCUCCUCAGUCCCACCCACAGCUGGAACAUCUGGAGUGAUCCUGCCCACCGGCAGCCCCAACUUCCAGGACAGAGCCCAGCUGUUGGAUGCCCCCCUGCCAUGCCUCUGCCCAGCAGGUUUCCCCACAGCAGGUGGUGGAGCUGCCCUAGUGCAGAGAGAGGCCACAGAGUUGAAUCCAGAGCCACCUACCUAGGAGUCUUUGCUCAGGGCAUGGGGUAGCUAAGAGCGGGGAUCAGAGCCCACCAGCCUGUGCUGACCCCAGCUUGCUGCCACCUCUAUGUCACUGCAGGUCAAUUACUCAGUCACCCUGUGUCUCUGCUUCUUCCUGUAUGAUUUUGUAUGUGCAAAACAGUUUGAAUUGUACCCAACAUCUUGCAGGUCCCCAUAGAAUUUCAUUAUGUCACAACACUCCAGUCUGGUGUGAAUCUUAACCUAGACUGAGGUGCCUGAGAAGGAUCCCAUUUGACUCCUGUAAGGACCUCCAUGCCCUAAGAAGGAAGGUUGCUGGGUCUCAGCCAUGAUGGAGCUUGUCACUCUGAGUCUGAAUCACAAAACCCCUAUCCAGCAUCCUGGAAUCAGCAUUUCCACCCUGCACACUCUAUGCAGGCAGUGCUGGGCUGUGUGUUGGCCUCUGCCCCAGGGUGCAUCCCUGGCAGGUCUGGGUUCAGGAAUCCUGGGAGCUGGGUUCACCAAAAACCUGUUUUUCCUCCCAAUGCAACCCAAGAGCCUGCAUAGCCCUCUCUCUUCACCUCCAGGACAGUAGGGUCAUUUUUUUUGGUAAACAGAAGCAGAAAGGAAAGUGGCCUGUCACAAAUCCUACUGUUAGCUCUGGACAUACACUUCUGUCAGACCCAGGAAGGACCAGGAGGAAAAACACAAAUUGAUCUCAGGUAUUCAUCUUGCCAGAAUCCUUUUAGUAAUGUAGGAAAGGGGUCCCAUUUUACAGGUGAGUACCCCGAGAUUCAGAGGGGUUUCAGUAAUAGUCCAUGACUAUCUGGAACUUUUCAGUACCUGAAAAGUCAGUCCUGGGGCCCCUUGUCCACAUUGCCCACCUUGCUGGACUGAGGUUGACUUACGUGCUCCCAACCCCAUCUCCUCAGGCCCUUUUGCCUCAUUUGAGGUACAGGUGUAUCUGACACUCUAAGAACACACAGUCCCGGAGAGCCUAUCCUGAGCAUCAAAGGAUUCUGAGGCAAUUGUAAAUGCUUCCCAUCUGGCCUUGUGGAACCCAUGCACCUUCGGUGGGGGAGGGUUAUAUGAAAAACUGCAGCCUCCUCCCAGUCUCCAGGGAAAGAGUCCACUUCCUCCACUCCACUGUGGGUGUAACAGCAGGCAUGUGGCCUUAUGGCCUAAUUCUGUAUAGAAUUCACUCAUUCCCCGUCCUGAGAUCUGGCAGCCCGUGGGGCAUUGGGACCAGGUAACCAUCCUCCAGGUCCAAAGCUGAGACUCCAGGUCCUGGCCAGGCCAGAUCAGUCUUGACCCCCAACCUGGCCUCCCAGGAGUGGCUCUCAGCUCAUACCCAAAGCACUUCCUGUUUUGCCCCCAAAGCCAAAAGAGCCCCACCUAGGAACCCAGGCCAGUCCCCACCUCAGCCCUUACCCUGCAUGACUCUGAGGCCAGCUGCUCCAAGGCAGCCCCUCCUGGGCUCUCAGACAAAGCCAGAUCUGGGGUGGUUCAGUUCCCAAGAAGGACAAGGUCUGAGGGCCGGGCCAGUAUCACCCUGGCCCACCUACCCACCUGGAGCUGCUCUGACAGGACGGGGUUCUUAGAAACAGGAUGUCACUGCUGGGACAGCCAGACAGUCCAGUACACUCUGUAAUCCUGGUCCCCUACUCAGGCUCUGCAGAGAGCACUGCUGGGGCUCCAAAGUCUGUGUUUGCAAGACAGGGAACAGGGCCUGGCAGCCAGUGGCCCAGGAAGGCACACCCUCCCCACCUCUGCCCUGCUGUGCUCAGAUGCAAGUGUGAACGUUGUCCCACUACUGGUCCUGCUUUCACUGUGGAGGCCUUGCUCACUGCUCAGCUAUUUCCUGACCAUAGAAAUUGGAAAAUCCAAUUUUAGGUGCCAGCCUAGGUCUUGUGUUGUCACCAGCAGUGUUACUCUUUCAUCACCCUGGAGUGUUGUGGCCCAGACACAGGGUCCCACCUGGCCUACCCAGGCUUCAGGGAGGCCGUGCUUCUGGCCUGCGGACUGUGAGUGUCUCUGCUUGGCCUUCCUACUUUAGCAUCAUCCAGUGUAUAACCUCUAGACUAUGUCAGUUUCUAUUAAUUUAAUGACAGUGUUUUUCCUUCAAGCCAUGAGGUCACAGGAACAAAAGCCAGCUGGAGCUGAGCCUCCUUUGCAUUGGACAGUGGCUCACAGGUGUAGCGUGCAAGAUGUCACAUUGCUCUUGGGUUAACCUGCAGCUUCAGGAGUCACAGAUGGCUAGCAGGGGCCUGAGCCUGGAGAAGCCAAGACCCUCCGCUUCUGGGAGGAGGAGGAGAAGAAGGAGGAGGAGGAAAAAGCAGCCGGCUCUUAUAGCCCCCCUCUUUGCACAGUGAGACCUCCACUCAGGAAGGAGGAAGCUGGAGAGAGCUGGCCUUGGGCCCAAUUGUGUCUCAACAGCUCCUCCUCCGUGUGUCAGCUGAGUGUUUGUUUUCUUGGUGCUCUGGCCCUUGGGGCAUCACUGACUUGAGGGAUUGACACAUGUGGAGAGCCAACUAGAGUAGUUAGCCACCUCCUGGUGCCCCUGAAUCCCUUUAUCAGAACUCUGGGCGUCCUAGUCCUAUCCCGAUUCCUCCUGAGCAGGAGCCAGAUACAAGGGACAGCCCUCAGGCCUCACAGUCCAGAGACCACUCAAACAAGCCAAUCCCAAGCCCUGACCCUCCUACCAUUGCUUCCCAUGAAAACUAAAAUCCCUUCUCUAGCCCCUACCUGCCCACCUCUGACUCCUGACUGACUCCACCGCUUUCCCAUCUCAACCUGCACAUAAGUGCUUGGGAGUGACAGCUCUAGGCUUUGGGUCAACCUGAGUUCCAGUGGCCCAAGGACAGCUUGAAAGCACUCAGACUUGUGUGUGCUGACAGCAGGAGAGGGUGUCUGAGAUGACAUUACACCCAGGCAAACGUUGGGGGGUGGAUUGUUGGGGCAACAGUACCUAGGUGUAGCCAUUAAGAGGAUGGCAGGUAAGAUGGCCCUGGGCCACCUGAGGGCUGAGCAUUUGAAAGUCAAGUGCAGUGGAUCUGGGAGCCAGGUGGGGUGGCUCAGUCUAGAACUCCAGGCCAUGCAGAAUGUAUGCACUACCUGACACUGACUGAUGACUUGUGGUGAAGAAAUGGUUUCCAAAGCCGAAUUUCACUGGGAAAUAUUAGGGCAAACUGCACCUUUUUGGACAUAAUUCCUGCCAGGCUGAGCACAAGUGCUCUGUGUAUUCCCAGUCAGGAAUCACAAAACAAAAGUUCCCAAAGGAUCCAAGGUCUUAUCUAGAGAAUUUGUAGUGACAUUGUUUUGCAGAAGAAAAUUUGGAAAAGCAACCAUCAAGGGCUGGGACCCCUGGUCUGUGAAGUCAGACAAAUAGUUGAGGGCUCCUCUGGAAGGGGUUGGGCCACCUCUACAGAAUGUCCCCAGAAGUCCUGACUCAUUGUGGGAAAAGCAGCUAUUGUACCCAGAUACUGAGCUGUCCUAAAUUUCUCAGCCAAUGAAAAGAAAAUAAAUAAGGCACAGAGAGGUUAGAGCAUUUCCUCAAGACCACAGAGCCAGAAAGCUUCAGCCCAGGAGCCACUUCCAGGUCUGUACCUAUAGUUCCUGGCUCAUAAGCACCUCUGUAGCUCCCACAGGAUUCUAAGAGCUGCCUUGCAUCAGAGGAGAAGGCAGAAGUGUGGUCCAGCUCCAGCUAGACAUAGUCUCCAGGCUGCUCCCUCCCCUGCACAACCCAAGUGCAGUGAGGUCAAGGGCUGUGGUGGAUUAGCUAAUGGUCAGCUUGGAACACCCCAUGGCUCUGAGUCAGUAUGGUGCUGGGUGGAGAAGGCCCACCUGAGGAUUGCUGCCAACAGCAUACAAGGAGAACUGGAGGGGAAGAUGGCGCACUGUCAGUCCCCCGGAAAAGCUUGUUGCACUAGCUUUCCUUACAUGAACUUGGCUGUUUUCAUCAUUAGAGGGGCUUGGGACCCCGCUGUUGCUGAGGAUGGCUGCAGUUCUCUUUGAGGGAGCUCUGGUCCUUACAUUGAGCAUUGCUUUCUGGCUUCAGUCCAGAUCACCCAGCCUGCUGGCACAAAUCCUUCGCCCCAUUGGCACAGACUUUCCUGCCUCCAUCACUGACCUUUGGGCCUUCCCAGUGCAGAUCCUUUAUACAGACUUGAAUGAGACAUGGUCAUGGCUCUAGGUCUCCAGUUGGAUGUGUGGGGAGCAUUGCUUUUGUAUCUAGGUCUUCAGAUGGAUUCGUGCAGGACAUUGCUGUGGGAUCCAGAGCUUCAGCUGGAUUCAUUGGGUCUCUAGUGCAUGGGCAAAUCUCCCACACCCUUCUGUGUUUGACUCUUUGGGUGACUAUUAUAAAAUAAUCCUAUAGGUUGUGUGUCCUGUAUUAAAUCCAUUCCCUGUAAACACUGACUACAAUGGGGGCCUGACAGGAGUGGAUUCAACUUGACAUGAUUGCAUUCGUCUUCAGCUGUAACCAUCAUGUUGGUCCUGAGUGACUUUAGUUGGGUUUCCUGCAUAUUUUCCCAGCAAACUAUAACACACAAAACCCUAAGACUAAUACACUGAGCUUUGCAACUGGAUCCUUUACGGGGAUGUGCCCAAUUCUGUAACUUAUCUUAAGAUGGGGUACAUUCCAGCCAGAAUGUCCUGAACAAUAACUAUGCCCCUCUUUCUUACCCAAAUUUCAGGCAUCCAACUGGUCUUGCUGCCACUUAGCACCAUGCUUCUGUCAGUAAGGCCCCAAUAAAUUUGAUUCUGUGCAACCCUA